AUGGAACAGGCACUGCUGACGCAUAAUCUAUGCGACUCUUCCUCCGGAGCAACUACAAUGGCGGCGAAAAAUGUGCACUGGUCCAAAGCCGAGGUCCGUUGUCUAUUGAAAAUUUGGGCUGACCCCAAAAUCCAGGAACUCUUCGAUAAGAAGCCUAAAAACUCGAAAAUAUUUGCAGAAAUCCGAAAGUAUCUGACUGACUGGGGGUAUCACCGUACAGAUGAGCAAUGCCGAGAAAAAGUUAAAAAGCUUCGUAAACGUUACAUCCGAGUCCGCGAAGCGCUUCAGAAGCCUGGAAGCUCUUCUCACGUAAAACUCAAGUUCCACUUCUACGACGCCGUCGACGCAAUUCUCGGCUCGAAACUAAGCACUGGCCCAAGUGUUGUUGUCGAGUCGGCCUCUCAGCAGAACAGUACAAUAGAAACAUCAUUGAGCGGAGAGAAUGUGAAAUGUGAACUUAAAGAUCAGGAACCAGUUCCGCAACUCCUGCAGGACAUUCAUCCGGUCACCCUCCCGGAGCCCUGCAGCUCCUCUCAGGGAGAGAGUGGAGACUACAGCCUAUCGCAGAGCCCUAUGCCCGUCAUCAGUAACGUGACCAGCUAUAAAUCAAUCGCAGAUGCAAAUAGUUAUUCACGACAUCCCAUUCCCUCCUCAGUCUCGUCCCCAGUACCAGGUUCUUCUGCUCAAGUGACCAAAGCCAUCGCUAAUUUUCUCAUCAUGGAUCUCCAUCCUCCCACACUGGUCGCCGGUAAAGGCUUUAUCAAGCUAAUCCAUUCCCUGUUUCCCUCUUACACGGACUUUCCAUCCCCUUUCGUUCUGGAGGGCCUUCUGACAGAACACCGCAGCAAAGUAAAGAAGAGCCUUGCUGAUAUGCUCAGGACAUCUAAUAAUGGCGAAAUGGAAAAGAAAUGCGAUUACAGCGAGCCAAUAGAGAACGGCUGCAGGAGACACAUGCCGCCUCCCAAACAACAGGGGGAGGUUCCUUACUGUGUCACGUUAAGUGGUGAAGUUUGGGAGCACAGCUGGGGGGACGAUAAAUUGGGCUACGUCACACUGUGGGCCCAUUACAUAGACACUAACUUUAACUGUCACAAUGUCUGCCUGGCGACCCAAAGACUCAUAGAGAGUGCCACGCCAGACAACAGUCCUCAGAGUUUAGAAAUCCAAGUAAAGAUUAUGGCCCAAGAGUGGGGCAUCUCCCAUAUUAAUCUGAUAUUGCUUGGAGGGAAAGAUAUGAACCAAAUAAGACUCAAGCCUAGAAACAAAGAAAAAUGUGCAGGAAGUGUCCCUCGCCCAAACUCAACAACCUGUAUAGAGAAGGAAAGAGCUGUGCCAUUCAAUAAAUCACUGAAUCUCAAAUGCAAUCUCUUAAGUGAAGGGCUACAAAUUGUCCCGUGUUUCUACAGCGUUGUGCAGAGCUGCAUUGAAACAGUGAUGUCACACCACGUCGUCUCCAAGACACUCUCCUACUUCCAGGGUGUCCUUUUCACCCUGCUCCAGCCACCUCGCCAUUCCAGCCCCUUAUUGAAUCACCAGAGCGUGUCGCAAACUUUGAGCGAAGAGGAGGAACUGGAGUUGAACUCGUGGGCCAAGCACUGUCAACUGACCUGGUAUAGACUCUAUCCUGUGCUGAGCACACUCCUCAAGCAUAAAAGCCUCAUUAUGGAUUGUGUGAAAGAGUUCAAAUGUGCAAACUUACCCGAUGAAGGCAUUGCGUCACCAUCCAGCUCCUUUAACAUUUGGACAAACUCAAAGUCAGCAAGCUCAAACACGGAGCCAUCGCAUUCUGAGUGGAGGAUUGUGGAGGAGUUAAGUUCAGUCCUCAAACCUUUAGAUGUGGCAUGUCAAACGCUUGCUAAAGAAACCUUCCCUCGCUUGUCUUUAAUGAAACCCAUCCUUACUGGCCUGUUUUCCCGCCACCUCGUAUGCCGACCUGGAGACUCUGUGGUUCUAAAGCAGGUGAAAGAGACGGUGAGGCAAAUGUUGGGGAGUCAAUACUGCAACCAGGCAGUCAACAGGGUUUUGUGUGUGGCCUGUGCCCUUGACCCCCAGUUUCAUGGGCUGGGGUUCAUGGAGAAGAUGGAACAAAACAACACAUUUGAGUGGCUUAAGAAACAGACUAUCAGGAUAGCGGAGGAGGAUGGAAAGGCAAGAAAUACGAAUUCAAGAUGUCGCAAAAGGAGCCAGUCUUCUGACCCACCAGAAUCCGAGACUUACUUCUUGAGAAGCAAACGUCUCAAACAGUCUCACCUGAUCAACUUGAGCAAUAUAGGGAACGAAGGUGAGAAUAAAGAGGAGGAUGCAGAUGAGACAGAGUUGGCAGAGCCUGACUCAAAAGGUGAAGUGUCUGGUAUAGAGUUCUUGCUCGGGGACUUGUUCUCCACAACCAGGAGGAGGCAGCACACUGUAGAAGAGUCUGUAGAUAUUGAACUAUCCAUGUUCAUGGCUGGAGAGGGGGCUCCAUUUGGAAUCGAGCCCCUGCAGUGGUGGAGGACAAAAGCAGUGCAGUUCCCACUUUUAGCCAAAGUGGCACUGGGCUACUUGGCUGCCCCAGCCGUGGUAGGUGAUAUGGCACGGCACUUUGUGGAGGACAGAGCACAAGCAAUCAAGAGGAACAGACACAACAUCCCACCAGCCAGUUUGGACACCGUCCUUUUUCUGCAUUACAACCACAUGCACACCUCUGACUUCAGUUGCAGUUAGGCAUGAAGAUGUCAAG